AUGGUGGAAUCUAGUGAGUCUGUGGGCGUUAUCGGAGCUGGACUGGUCGGUGCGUUGGUGGCACUUGGUCUUGCCAAGCAAGGGUAUAGUGUCACACUCUAUGAUCUUCGCUCGGAUCCAAGAACCGCCAAGAAGACGAGCCUACGCUCAAUCAAUCUGGCUGUUAGUGAGCGAGGUAUCCGGGCCUUGAGAUACGUAGAUGAGGAAAUGGCCAAGCGAGUGUUAGACGGAAUCAUCCCCAUGUAUGGCCGGAUGAUUCACGACCUGGAUGGAAACCAGGAAUCCCAGUUGUAUGGACUUUUCGGGGAGGCCAUCAACUCCAUUGACCGCAAAAAGCUGAACCAGAGCCUGAUUGAAGAAAUUGAGCUUUUCAAUUCAAGCGCAAAAUCCAAGAUUGAGCUGAUCUUUGAGGCCAAGGUCACCAGUGUGCGAGUGAAUGGCGGAGUCACCAUCGAUUACGUCCAUGAUGGCGAGCCUCAAAGAGACCACAAAGAUUUCGUGGUGGGUGCGGACGGCACUUACUCAGUGGUGAGACAAAGCCUGCAGAAGCUAAUCAGAAUGAACUACAGCCAGGAGUAUAUUGACAUGUGCUACCUGGAAAUGUACAUUCCUCCAGGCCCAAAUGGUAGCUUCCGGAUCGACCCCAAUAGACUGCAUAUCUGGCCACGCAAGACGUUUAUGCUGAUUGCCCUGGCCAACCAGGAUGGAUCGUUCACGUCUACGUUUUUCGGUCCCUGGGAGUUGGUGGAGUCGCUCCAGCAGCCCAAGACAAUUGAGUUCUUCUUCAAGAAAAACUUCAAGGAUGCCAUUCCGCUGAUUGGCCUCGAUAAAAUUAUCGAGUGUUUCACCACGUAUCCGCGGGGUGCGCUGAUGCAAGUGAACUGCAGCAGAUACAACUUCCAGGAUAAGUGUAUUAUUAUUGGCGACGCAGCUCACUCAAUGGUGCCUUUCUAUGGCCAAGGGAUGAACUGUGGGUUUGAGGAUGUGCGGAUCUUGCUAGAGCUGCUUGAAAAAAAUGGACGCGAUAGACAAGCCGCCUUCGACUCGUAUACGGAGACAAGGGCUGAAGACCUUAAGGCAAUCCUGAAACUCGCGCUGAGAAACUACCACGAGAUGUCGAGCGACGUGACUUCUUCCCUUUAUCUGUUUAGAAAGAAGUUGGACGGUGUUCUGGGCAGAUUGAUGCCGCAGCACUGGAUUCCGCUCUACACUAUGGUGUCCUUCAGAUCGGACAUCAGCUACUCGGACGCUGUCAGGUUUAGCCAGAAGCAGCAGCGAAUCCUCAAAUGGGCCGAAUGGGGCGCCGUGGGCUCAAUUUUGGCAGGCGGUGCACUGUAUCUAGCCAGAAGAAGUAAGUAGAUAACACACGGGCUUCUGACAAAUUCUCGUGCUUCGAUUGGGCCGAAAAAAAAUUAAAAUAGCGGCCCGUUACCGGCUGCGAUAUGCACGAUGUCCGGAGCCGGCGUGACUCAGCAGGGGAGUAUAAAAACUCUCCGUAUC